GCUUUUCGAGGUGUUUUCAAUACAUUUUUAGGAAUGAUGAUCUUUAUGGAUGUGGACAUGGAAAAACUCGGCCCAGUGAAGCCCAAAGUCUUUUAUGGAUGACAUCGAAGAGCCAGAUAUUCCAGUUUUGAGAAUAAUCCAAGAUGGGCAUCUAGAUUCAGAUGACAGUGGCGAUGAUUCUCCGUAUACUCAUAUGGAUGUCACUUAUAAAGCAGCCAAAUUCAAGGCGGUACUGGUCUCCUAAUACCCGAAUCGACCAAGUGGCUGAUGUUAUACCAGUUAACCGUUUUGAAGAAAUAAAAAGAUUCCUUCAUUUCACUGACAACCAGAAGAUUACCACAAGCACAGAUAAAAUCACGCUGGUUUUCAACCAGAUAAAAUCAGCUUGUCAGAAGGUACCUUUAGAAGAAAAUUUGUCGUGUGACGAACAGAUUGUUCCAUUCAAGGGACGAAUUUCUCUGAAAACCUACAAUCCUAAAAAACCCCAUAAGUGGGGAUAUAAGAUAUGGGUUUUGUCUGGCAGAGUCACCAAAGCAGAAGAUGUAAGGAGCCUACUCCAAGCACUGAGGUCAGGUAUGAUGAUGUACAGCACUGGCCUCAAUGGACGGAAAACCGUGAAAGAUGCAAAAAUCAAGGUUGUAAGGGAAAAAGUCGAGUUUUAUGUCUGAAAUGUAAAGUCCAUCUUUGUUUUUAUGCAAAAAGUAAUUGUUUUGUAGAGUUUCAUACAAAUUAAAAUAACUUCUUAUUGUACUCCAUACGCAUAACGUUCCCAAGUGGGAACAAAAUUUUGUAACCCUUUUUUUAAUAAAUUAUGUU